AUGUGUUUUGAAUGUGACAUCUACCAUCUUGGCUUAUGCUAUAGCGGCAUGAAGUUCUGCAAGCUGAAGUACAAGCAGUUUUGUGCCGUUGAGAACGUUUACAUGCUUACUAAUAAAGGUCAGAGUAUGUAUCAUUUUUCAAAAUUGUCAUGCAUGACACACUGUGAGAGCAUCAACUUUUUGAAUUUUGACCAGAGGACAGAGCUCAACUGUUGCAAUCAUGAAAGCUACUGCAACCUUCCUGAUGGAGUCUAA